CACAGUUAGUUCGGAUCAGUUCGAAUUCAGUCUUCGAGAAGUGUACGUCGAUAUUCGGCGGUGUUAAAGAACUUUAUUUAUUGUUUCCUGAAGAGUACAGUAUGGCUAUCUCACUCACCACCGAGGAUAAAUUGGAAUACAAAUUCUACCCCGUGGCGAGCGGGCAGCUUCAGUUCCGUGUAAAGGCAGCCAAUGAUGCUCACGUUGCUCUCACCACCGGUCCCCAGGAGGGAAAUCCCAUGUACGAGAUUUUCAUCGGUGGCUGGAGCAACAGCAAAUCCGUGAUCCGGAAGAACAGAACGAAACCGGAAGUCGCAGAAGUAGAGACACCCGGUAUAUUGAACGGUGACGAACACCGUGGUUUUUGGAUAAGAUGGGGCGACGGUGCUAUUUCAGUGGGCAAAGAAGGCGAACCGAGUGCAUUCCUUACUUACAGCGAUCCAGAAUCUGUCGGGAUCGGUUACUUUGGAUUGUGCACCGGUUGGGGUGCUACCGGCGAAUGGCUGAUCGAAGGACACGGCUCCCUAUCAACGCGGAACCAGUUAGUCUACCAGUUUCGAAACGUACGGGGCGGUUCGAUCCUCCUCGACGUGAAGGCCAAGAGCAACGCGCACGUUGCCUUGACGAACAAGAAGGGCGAGUCAUCCCCUAUGUACGAAAUCAUGCUCGGUGGUUGGGAGAACACAGCCUCGGUCAUCAGACACGAUCGCAAACAACCUGAUAAGGUGCGCGUGAACACGCCAAACCUGCUGAACGAGAACGAGACCAAGAAGUUCGCGAUCACAUGGCUCGACGGCCUGAUCACGGUCAGGGCUGGCAAUCUUAACGGUCCCGUCCUCAUGGAAUGGCGGGAUCCUAAGCCAAUUGGCGUGAGCUACGUCGGUGUGCGUACCGGUUGGGGCGCAACGGGGAAAUGGCAGCUUCGUGUCGCACAAUACCCACCGAGUCCGAAAGCCAGUGCCAAAAAUACAACGAGUCCAUCUGCCCCACCUCCACCUGUGCAAGGUUUGGAAAUGGGAGAGGUUUGCUGGUGCGACGCAACAGGUGGCAUGGUGCCUCCAGCUGCUGUCGAAGGUGGGAAGGAUGAAGAGACCUUAUACGUAGGCAGGGCUUACCAUGAGGGUGCUCUUUUGCCUGGCAAAGUGAAGCCCGGCCACUCUGUUUGCUAUGUUGCCUGGGGUGGUGGUGAGCACGGAAAGACUGAUUACCAGGUUCUCUGUGGCUGUAACCCUGCGUGGGUACCAACCAGCGGAAACAACAUUCCUGCAAAUGCGAUUCCGGGCGGCGAAACCGAGGACGGAGAAGCUCUUUAUGUCGGUCGCGUGAAUCACGAAGGCACUGUUACGAUUGGCAAGGUGCAACCGUCCCAUAGCGUUUGCUAUAUUCCGUUCGGUGGCGCCGAAGUUGCCUUCCCCGAAUACGAAAUCAUGGUCUCGCAGUAAUCGAGCAGAAUUUGUAUUACGACGAAAGAGAAUUUUAAAAGCUGUCCCGACUAGUCGAUGAAUGAAAAACGAUUACCGAAAGUAUAUGAGUGUACUUUAUGACUGCGUUGAAAGUUCAAAAGGAAAUUAGUACUCUGUAAUACUAUUAGUAUUAUAAAAUACAUUAGGAUAAAAUAAUGUUUGCAAUCAAUGUUUACUGAAAUCAGUAAAUCUCCAGGAUAGAUAAUGUUUUCAUUGGGAACGGCGAUGAGCGGUAUAUUACAGGAUUACGAGAAUCUCAUGUGUGUACAAACUAGUCUAGUUUACGAAUGUAUUCAUAGACUAGUCGGUGUAUAACGUGUGUACAACCUUCGCACAGAACGCAAUUAAAUUCACGAUGUAGAACGCGCACAUGAACAUGGCAGUGUAUGUAGCUCGGCUAUGUAUGCUGAUUACUUGUUGUUGCUAACUCCAGUUGGAUACUUAUGCCUUUUGUACAAUCAUUGCCUUUUACUCGUUCCUGCUCGGACGAGAGCAUUGCUAAAAAUAUAACUAUAUUUGACAGCCACAAAGUUUAUUAACGCACGACACUAUUUGCUUAAAGUUAUUUUUAGAUUCUUUAUUCUUAUGAAACA